GCUGCCAAGUGUAAUUUUUCUUGCCACGAAACCUGAGUAAAUCGACAGAUAUGGCGUUUGAAUUUGGUGACACGAGGCUGACACUCCUCAUCAACGCAGGGAUGUCAAUUCUAGGCUUCCUGCUGUGCCUCAGUGUUAUCCCAAAGUUUAAAGAUAUGUUUAUCAAGGCAAACCUGUAUGGCAUCGAUUUAUGUAAACCGACCAAAGAACGAAUCCCUGAAGCUCUGGGUGUGAUCUGUGGGGCUGUGUUUCUCAUACUGAUGUUUCUUUUCAUCCCGGUUCCAUUCUACAAGCACCUCGCAGAUAACGAAAAGGGAAAAUUUCCACACCAAGAGUAUAUUGAGUUUCUGGCUGCUGUUCUCUCCAUAUGUUGCAUGAUAUUUCUCGGAUUCGCCGAUGAUGUCCUUGACCUCAAGUGGCGACACAAACUGCUGCUUCCGACAAUGGCCUCACUGCCGCUGUUGAUGGUGUAUUUUGUCAACGUUGGCUCGACAACGAUCAUUGUGCCAAAGCCACUCCGUCUCUUGUUGGGCUACGACGUUAAUUUAGGCAUCUUGUACUAUGUCUAUAUGGGUAUGCUGGCAGUGUUUUGUACAAACGCGAUCAAUAUCUUGUCUGGAAUUAAUGGACUUGAAGUCGGGCAGUCGUGGAUAAUCGCAUUUUCUGUCAUCGUCCAUAACUUGAUGGAGUUGUCAGGAGAGUAUCGACAUCACCAUGUGUUCUCCAUGUAUUUCUUGAUGCCGUUUCUGGCUGUGUGCUCGGCUUUACUCUAUUACAACUGGUAUCCGUCUCAGGUGUUUGUGGGCGACACGUUUUGCUACUUCUCUGGAAUGACAUUCGCUGUCGUGGCGAUCAUUGGCCACUUCAGUAAAACCAUGCUUCUCUUUUUCAUCCCGCAAGUGGCCAACUUCAUAUACUCCAUCCCCCAGCUCUUCAAGUUUAUACCUUGUCCUAGGCAUAGGUUACCAAGGUACAACCAUGAAACUGAUAAAGUGGAGAUUAGUUACACAAAAUUUAAAGAAAAAGACCUCGGCUUUAUCGGCAAAAUGUUUUUAAAAUUGUACAGGGUGUGUUUUGUCCUCCAUUUUAAAACUGGUGUCGGAGAAGAUUCGGAGUUUACAGAAUGUAACAACUUUACACUGAUUAAUUUAAUUCUUCGAUUCAUUGGGCCUCUCCACGAGAAGACGCUAGUUAUUAUUUUAUUAAUAUUCCAGGUUUUCUGCAGUAUCAUAGCUUUACUCAUUCGCUACCAGCUGUCUCGGCUCUUUUACGACUCCUAGUGGUACCUCAUAUCAAACCAACUGCUCAUUCAACAGUCGUGGCAAUAUGGAUUCCUAUCCCCAGAUCCAAACUGUGGCUUUCAACAGUUCAAGAGGGUGUUUUCUCCAUUAUGCUCAUUGUUUUUAAUGGGCAUUUAUUGCAGGACAGUUGAAUCCCGUUGGCUUGAAUCUCGUCGGUGCCCGAAAAAGUGUUCGACCCAUCGGUAGUUCGACCUAAUUAUUCGGUUGACAUCAUGUAAGUUUAAUUCGGGAUUUCAUUUUUGGUUCGAGCAUUGCAGUGUAUUCGACCCUUCCUUACGUUCAUGUAUGGGAUCUGUAGAGUUAUUUUUAAAAAUUAAAUCGGAAUAUAUCGCUGCGUUGUGGUGUAUUCAACCCUCCCGAGUUGACCCAACGAGAUUCUACUGUCUUUUAAUUUUAUUGUAUUAUUUGGAGAAAAAAAUCACGAAAAGAAAGUCGGGUUUAGCUCUGGGUAAGCAGAAAAUUUCGCCAAAUUAUCUAUUAAAUUAAAAAAGAAUUUGCAGAAAGUUUAUUAUUUUUUAAUAAAAUAUCAAUUUUUACAUAUUAUAAUAAAAUUUGCCUCUUUUUUUUUUAAACAUUUGCAAUUGGCCAGUGCCAGAGCUAGUCCGGAAAGUACUUAUUAUCAUGGAUUGUGUGAUUCAAACAGAAUGUGUUAUAUAGCUACAACAUACACAUGUUAAAAUAUUCCGUUAUUUUGUUUUUGUUUUGUUUUGUUAAAAUAUUAUUUGGGAGUAUGCAAUUCCCAGCGUGUGUAUGUGCAUGUCGUGAAAUGUAUAGCAAUGUGUAUGAAUUGUAGUUAAUGUGGUUGCUCUGCAGUGUGAAGUGUAUGAAUUGUAGUUAAUGUGGUUGCUAUGCAGUGUGAAGUGUGUAGCAAUGUGUAUGAAUUGUAGUUAAUGUGGCUGCUAUGCAGUGUGAAGUGUAUAGCAAUGUGUAUGAAUUGUAGUUAAUGUGGUUGCUAUGCAGUGUGAAAUGUAUAGCAAUGUGUAUGAAUUGUCAAUAUGGUUGCUAUGCAGUGUGAAGUGUAUAGCAAUGUGUAUGAAUUGUUAAUAUGGUUGCUAUGCAGUGUGAAGUAUAUAGCAAUGUGUAUGAAUUGUAGUUGAAGGGACAGACCCUAGUUUCAACGCGUGAAAAUUAACACUAAGUUUAGUUAAUCUACAAACCCGUAACACAUUUGGAUAAAGUUAGAAUUGACUGAAACAUGAGUCAGUGACUUUGAAAUGGUGAAAUACCCUCUAAAAAUAGACUAAAACUCGACUCCAUGACUGUUACUUCUUAGUGUUUAAAAAGUAGGGUAUGACCCUUUAAUGUGGUUGCUAUACAGUGUGAAAUGUGCAGGAUGUAAGCUAUCGCUCGUCAAAUGCAAAUAAAGUUUAAUUUGUGUUCUAUAUUUCAUUACUACAUUAAUUCACAAAAAAAGCUAAUUAGAAAAUUAUCUGUCAUUUAUAGAAUGAUGUACUGCCAUUUUUGCUGUUUGGCUAAGGUCUCACUACACAGAUGUCAUCUCUCAUUGAAAUCCAUGUUAAAUUGCCCAACUUCAAAUGAAGAUUAUCAAUAGAACGGGUUCUCGUUGGCACUAACAACAUACAUGUACACCAUUGCAAACAUAUAUUAUAUAAGCAUUUGUUUUCACUCCAAAAUUUAGAACAUUUUCGUCUCAGUUGUUUGCUUCUGGCUAUAGUACUGGUCCGAACAGGUGGUUCAUUAACCGAUUCAAACCGACUGUCUCUUGCGCUAUACACCCAUGUCCCAAAGAGUCAAUGCACAAUAUUACAAAAUAACGUGGACAAAACCCAACCA